AUGGGCCCUGGGGUUGGGGCUUGGCUGCCAGAGCUGUUCCUCUGGAGGGAGGACAAGGGGGCAGUUAACCCCGGCAGUGUGGGCUGUGGCCACAUCUCCAGCCCCCUGGCCCUGAGGAGAUGUCCUGCUCUCUCUAGCACCUACACAAGGAUGUGGCUCGAGUCCCAGGCUGCCCUAAAGGAGCUGCUGGCCCAGGAGCUGCCGUCUCAGCCCCCACGGCCUGAGACGGACCAGAGGCUGUUCUUCCACAUGCUGGCCACCUUGUUCCUGCGCUACACACAGAUCCUGCGCUGCCUGGAGACCUGCUACGACCAGAUGGUGCAUCCGCAGAAACGCCGGGUGCUACAGCACAUGCUCGAUGGGGUGAUGGGCCGGGUGCUGGAGCUCAAGAAUGAGAUGGUGGAGACUGAGCUCUCCGAGUAUCACUACAUGGACGACGUGCUGCAGGACCUCAAGCUCACCCCAGCUGACAUGGAGGUGCCCAUCCCCAAGUACUUUGUGAACCAGAGAGCCAAGGCCCUGAAGGAGCGUCAGCAGGUGCUGUCUGAGAUCCUGGCCCGGGUGGAGCCUAGCAUGCCCAGUGGGCCGUCCCGGCCUGCCAUGCUGCGCGACGAGGCCGUGCAGCUGGUGCAGAUGGCGGAGCGGAUGCGCCAGGGCCGCCUUCGUUCCAAGUUCAUGUGCGAGAUCCGGCGGGACGAGGAGCGAGAGAGGCGGGCCCGGGAGACUGGGGCCAAGGAGCUUGACCGUGAGCAGGCCGCCAUCUGCAUCCAGAAGGUCUGGAAAGGCUGCCUGCAACGCAGAUGCACCAAGCUGGAGAGACAGAGGGAGAUGGCCUUUAUCGGGAUGGCCCCAGACCCCAAGGCCUCGGGCCUGUCAGCCGCCAUGCUGCGGGCCCAGCUCGGGGAGGAGUUCCGGCGCCUGCGGCAGGCUGACUAUGAAGCCGAGUACCAACAGGCCCUGGUGAGCAUCCGGGAAGGGCUCUACGAGGUGGAGGGACCUGACAUGAGGGAGGAGAUGAAGGAGCAGCUCCGGCAGUGGUUCAUUGAGUGCCACGACCUGACCGGCCGCUUCCCCGAAUUCCCUGACGAGGAGAUUGGAGGCUCCAGCAUCCUUUUUGCAGAAAAGACUCCAGAGCAGGUCAAAGCUGAGCUGGACCUCCUGGAAGCUGAGGGACAGAAGAAGAAGGAUAAGAAGAAGGAUAAAGAGAAGACCAAGGAAGGGAAGCAGAAGAAAGGCAAGGGCAAGAAGCAGGAAGAAGAUGAAGGUUUGAAACUGGCUCUGUCCAAAUUCCUGCCAGUGAUCAGCGAGGGCUUCACACAGUAUCAGACCAUCUGGGGGAAUCGGGGCGAGUCCGAUAACUUCGAGCAGCGCUACGAGCCAGAGUUGAUCAAAGCCCAGAAGAGGAAGGAGGUGGAGAAGGAGCUGCGGCUACAAGUGGACGAGCUGAUGCGGGAGGAAUUGCAGCGACUGAAACUGGCUGUGGAUCGAGACGACGGGAAAUCUCGCAGGGCAAAGAAGAGCGGCAAGGUCAGAGGGCGUAAGGGGAAGAAAGGAGGGAAAAAGGAGAAAGAUUUAACCCCGGACAGGACCCUGGACUCUCUGUACGAGGAGCUGGUGCUGCAGGGAAUCCUCAAGCAGGCCCAGCGUGUCCAGCUGGCUGACUACACGGGCGAUUUCUGCUACCUGGGCACCACCCUGCGCAUGGCGGGCAUUGAACCCACGCCCUCGGUGAUGGACAUCAGGCAGAACAUCGCCCUGUAUGCCAUCCUGCGCCUGGGGUCCCCCACACUGCACGAGAUGGCGCCGCUGGUGAAGUCUGUCCUGCUUGCUGGGCCUGCUGGAACUGGGAAGAAGAUGCUGGUCCAUGCUGUGUGCACCGAGACGGGCGCCAACCUCUUUGACCUGUCCCCAGACAACCUGGUGGGCAAGUACCCGGGGAAGGCUGGCCUCAGCAUGCUGAUGCACGUGGUGUUCAAGGUGGCCAGGUUGAUGCAGCCGUCGGUGAUCUGGAUCGGGAACGCAGAGAAGACCUUUUACAAGAAGGUGCCAAAAGAGGAGAAGCAGGCUGACCCCAAGCGACUGAAGCGGGAUUUACCUAAAGCCCUGAAGCUGCUGAAGCCAGAGGACCGGGUGCUGCUGAUCGGCACGUCGGAUAAGCCCUAUGCAGCUGAUGUGAAGACGCUGUGCAAAGCCUAUGAGCGGAUCCUUCUCCUCCCCCGGCCUGACUACGCAUCCCGCUACGUGACCUGGCAGCGCCUGAUCAAGAAGCACGGUGGCACCAUCACCACUGCCCUGGACGUCAGUGCCCUGGCCAAGCUCUCGGACGGCUACAGCCAGGGGCACAUGGCGCGGGCCGUGCAGAUGGCGCUGACCGAGCGGCGCCUCCUGCAGAUGCCCAAGAAGCCGCUGCGGGCAGGCGAGUUCCUGCAGCUGCUGGCCAAGGCUGACCCCAUUUACAGUGAGGAGGAGAAGACACUGCAGGACUGGUACGUGAAGACGCCACUGGGUAAGAAGCGACUCAAGGCAACGCAGGAGAGCGCAGACAGGAAGGAGGGAAAGGGGAAGGACAAGAAAGGAAAGAAGGGGAAGAAAUAG